CUUUAUUCCUCGUCAGUAUCACAAACUCCAUCAAUAAACCUACUAUUGAUAACCAUACAAGUCACGUGUCCAUCAUAUCCACACCAUGAACAGGCCAGGCGCUUUAAUUUACAUCGCCGUAUGUAGAUGUAAAGGCUGUUCCAAGUGUCCUGUCGUUAUUACUAUCAGUCUCUGGUAGUGCUGACUGGGCAUGUGUAUGGUCCCGACCUGGUUCCGAUUCUCACUGGCAUGUUUUCUUGGGUCCGUAACUAUUGAGAUAAGAACGAAUGGGGUUACUGUUCAGUGUAGCACAUCGGCGUUUAACACUAACCACGCAUCAAAGCACUAUAUACCGUCCCAAGUCGUUUAUUGCUGCACUCACGGCAGUGGAAUCUGGGCAGUGGAAACCGCGCCUGAAUAUCAUAAAGUGUUUGCCACUGAAGUCAGAGUGACAUUCCGUUUCCAAGACAUAUUACAGAGGCUGCUAGGAUUGCGCAUUUCAGAAGUGGUACAAAAUGACCGCCAAGUUAAUUUUCUCUUUGAAACAUCCCCCCACUUGAUGCCAAUACUUCCACAAACGUCAAGAUUUUGCGGGGAUAUCCGAACAGUUUGCCAAGCACGGCGGAUAGCGGGUGCUAAGAAACCCAAGCCAGCCAGUGAAAAGCAGGCGCAUCCUUGGAAAAGCUUAGGAGUUCCCAUUCAGAUACAGCCAAGGGGGGGGGGGGCACCUUCGUGUCCGAGGUGGCGUCUGACAGGGCAAUGAUUUUCUACACAAAGUCAUAAUGGUUCGUUAUAUCGCUUGGCUGUCAGACCUAAGCUUUCGAUAUGGUUUGGCCAAGGUGGGGGGGCAUGCUCACACCAUUGUUGGAACCUCUGAAUUUGGCUUGGUCGCCCUGUAAGGUCCGUAGAGUCCAGUCAAC